GACCUCUCAAAAAAAGAAAAAAAAAAUCCUCCUCUUCCCCCAAACCGGCAAACCCCCAUCCAUGGCCGCCGCCGCCUCCGCCUCCGCCUCCACCCGGGCGAACACCCUCUCCCGCAUUUUCGCUUCCUCCUCACCUACACCACCACCCAAGCCCAGUCCCAAGAUCAAGCGCGCGCCGACCCAGAAACCGCCCGCCGUCGACGCUGACUCAAUCGCAGGCAAGAAGCCCCCGAAACCCCUCGGCGCACAGCCGGCCGCCGAAGCUCCUUGCUCCGACGCGGGCCACCACAAGCCUCCGAAUUCCCUUCGGGCGAUCUUCAAGGGCCUCCUCCGGCAGCGCGACCCCGACAAGCUGGCCGCCGAAGCUCCUUGCUCCGACGCGGGCCACCACAAGCCUCCGAAUUCCCUUCGGGCGAUCUUCAAGGGCCUCCUCCGGCAGCGCGACCCCGACAAGCUGGUCUCCGAGUUCGUCGAAGCGUCGGCCGCAUCGUCGCGCUUCCGCGACAAGCACCACGUGUACAAGGCAGCCGUGAGCCGGCUCGCCUCCUCCGGCCGCCAAGACGGUAUCCAGGCCAUCCUCGACGCGCAGAAGCGCUUCCUCGAGGCCUCCACCGAGGCGUUCGCCGCGCGUCUCAUCCGCCUCUACGGCCGCGCCUCCAUGCCGUCCCACGCCGUCGCGGCCUUCCACGAACUCCCCGCGAAGCAUAAGUCCACCGGGACAUUCAACGCCGUCCUCGCCGCGUGCGACGAAGGUGGAGACUUUGACGCCGUCGUCGCUGCGUUCCAGGAGAUCCCAGCCUCCCACCCCUCGGUUGCCCCCAACGUAUACUCUUACAACGUACUCAUCCGCGCACUGUGCAAGAAGCCCGACCUUGCUGCUGCUCUUGAAGCUGUCUCGCUCAUGGAGAAGCAUGGUGUUUCGCCUGACACUAUUUGUUUCAGCACGCUUUUGAAUGGCUUUUACAAGCGUGGCCUCAUGGAUGACGCGGAGACGGUGUGGGAUAUGAUGAAGGAGAGGAAUCUGGAGCCAGACGCCAAGUGCUACAAUGCCAAGCUGCGGGGUUUGGUUGCGGCAGGGAGGAUUGAGGACGCAGCUGCUGUGGUUGAGAGGUUGGAGAAGGGUGGGCCCAAGCCUGAUACGGUGUCUUACAAUGAGCUCAUUCGAGGAUACUGCAAAGCAGGGAGAUUACAGGAUGCCAAGAAGCUGUUCGAUGAUUUGAUAAAAAAUGGGUGUGCCCCAAAUAAGGGGACAUAUGGAACUCUCCUACCACUCCUUCUGCAGGCGCAAGAGCUGGAUUGUGCACUGAGGUACUGCCAUGAUCUCUUAAGUAGUAAAAAGACCAAUGGACUGGAGUGUGAUCUCCUGCAGGAUGUAGUGAAUGCAUUGAUAGAGGCGUCCAGGGUGGAGGAGGCUACCAAGCUGGUCGAGCUCGGGCAGAAUGGGUACUACCUCCGAAAGGGUUUGAGGAUGCCACAUACUGCACAAGACAACGAAGUAAUAGCUGAAACUGAUGAGGAAGAAUCAAUAUCAGAAGAAAAGGUGCUUUAAGUGUAAGACCAGACUGAAAAAUAACAUUAUUUGACGAGGAUGUUCCUUCAUUGGCUAGGCUUUGAUCUGUCACACUGAUGUAAGCCAGAUCUCACCAUCACCUGUUUUACCCAAAAAAAUUAUCUUGUUUUAAUAGAAAAAGUGCAAGUUAAUAUAGUGCUGGUUAAAUAAGACAUUGCUUUAUCUUGCCCUGUGCUGUAAUACCUACCGAAAGUCUUUCUAGCCUCUGCUGAUUUUUCUUCGUUACAUUAAAAUUAAAUAUAUAAAUCUAAUAUUUUGUGCUCAUAAAAAUUCUUCAAAGGUUGUUGUGUACUUUGUUAUUAAUUUCAUUUUUGGCCUUUGAUAAUUCAACUGUUUGCUCUGUGAUGAAGAUAAACAUGUACCUCAAGUUUGACCAUUCUUGUUGUUGAUGUGCUAUUUUCUCUUUGAAGAAUGGACAAUGCAAAUGUUAUGAAGUUAAAGGGCCAUCGAUCAAUGAUCAGCUUCAUGCCUCACUAGCUUGCUAAGCUAGAGGUGGAAUAGUUGCAGCUACAUCACAGAAUGGGUCCAUUGCACUGUCAAUUAAUUUGCUGUAGUGAGCUUCGUUUAUUUUCUUUUAUGAACCGAUCUUCAUAAUUGAUCAGAUAACGAGCCGCUAGAGUUGUAAACCAUACAAUCACGAGCCAUAGGGAUUAGGAUAGUAGGUGAACUACCCUUUUCUCACAUUCAGUUUCUUGCUUGGCAGGACUGGACCUUCUUUAAUUGUGGGAUAUGUAGAGAGUGCACUGUAGGAUUUAUCUAUCUACCCAUUUGAGUAAAGGUUUUGUUUUUGUGACAAAUUUGACCUUCAUUAUGACACCACUAGGUUUUGUAAUGAUACUCGGAAUUCGUCUAAGAGUUCAAACUAUGAAACUAAGCAUGAAGUCAAAUAACCGUUUUCUGAGUUUAUGUUAAAAUACAAAUGGCUUUGUGAAAUGUUAGUAUUAAAAUCACAUAUGGAUUAUUAUCUGAACAACUCAGUUAAUGUUACUGUCUAUAUUUUAGAGGGAGUGAACCACCCUGGGUUCUAGGACUUCGUGAAUAUGAACUAAAUCCUUUUGAUUUUCUUCCAUUCCAUAAAAUAAAAUGUCUUGGUGUGUGGACCUUUUGAUGCCACACGCCCACACCUCAUCGGCCGAGCAGUGCUGAGGUGCUGUCCACUUGUUCAUGUCAAAUUUAGUAUUUUUGCUGGCAGAUGGUUACUUUCUCUGUGUUGUUCAGGUAGAUCGUCAUCAUUUAUCAGACAUUUAUUUGGGCAGUGGCACUUGUCUAUCCAUCUGAGCAAUGGAAAUGUUUCCUCAGUUUCUCUGAUACCUAAUGAGGUGUGUCUUUCAGUA